AUGGCGAGCAGCCGUAAUUUAUCGUUAUUGAAUUUGUUCAAAUUAGCGACGUUCAAUGUUCGAGGCCUAACGUCGAACGUGAAGCAGCAGCAACUGGCGACUGACAUGGAUGCCUAUGGCGUAGACUUCUGCAGCCUUCAAGAGCUCAAGACCACCGAAGCAUUCGACAGGAAAAUACACGCGGGCCAAAAAACUUUCCGCUUGAUCAGCUUCGGCCAAGAAUCUGGAAAGCAUGGCGGCCUUGGAUUCGUUAUCUCUCCAAGAAUCGAACCAUUCCUGCUACAUCAUAAGAAGUUAACAGACAGAGUCGGCUUCGCGGACUUCAAGUUCCCUCGGGCCCACGGUCGCGACACUCUCGAUGUGCGUAUUAUUUCUGCAUACGGCCCAACAACCCCUCUCGCGGAGAAAAACCCAGACAUCCGAGACCAAUUUUACGAUAGUCUGUCGAGUGCAUGGACCAGCGUGAAGAAACGAGCCAUUGUUCUGUACGCAGGUGACUUCAACAGUAAAGUUGGAAAUGGGACGGCACCCUGUGUUGGUCAGUACGCUAAGGGCAAACGGAACGACAAUGGCGAGGCCCUGGUUCAAUGGGCGACGUCCAGGAGUCUGGCGUUGGCGAACACACUCUUUCGCUAUUCACAGCGCUACAGAACGACGUGGACUGGAUAUGUCAGAGACGGACCGUGCACUAAGCCUAUCUACAAUAUGAUUGACUACAUCAUCGUACCGGAACAUUGCAAAUCCCUUGUCCGACGAGCACGCUCAUAUGGUGGCACCAUGGUGUGCAGUGAUCACAAACUUGUGAUCAGCGAUCUCCGACUCGAUUCAUUCUUCAAAGUGUUCAGAGCGUCGAAGAAGCAGGAACCACCCGUUGCCAUAGGGAGACUGCAUGACAGCACCGUGAGGCGGCAGUAUGUGGACGCACUGAGUGCGAGUGACUGCAUGGAGCAAGUCGCAGCGAACACAGCAGACCUCUCGGUGGCGUGGCAAACAGUCACAGAAAUAGUGAAGGAAAAGGCAAAAUCCGUUCUUGGAACAAUGGUGAAAACGCGUCGGGGACUCGUCAAUCCAGACCCACAGAUCCAACGGUUGUCGAUGCAGCAGAGACUACUGCGUCUACGGUUGGAGGACGGCAGUUUGGACGAUGAAGGCAAACGCAGAGCUAGAGAAGAGAGGAACAGGAUUUCCCACCAAAUACGACGCAGGUGCUUGGACAACGCCAACUCCCAGCUGGAUAGAGCAGCAGAAGCUAUUGAGCGCGCUCCCGACAGCAUCAAAAUGUACCAAGCAACAUCAGUCUUCCGCAGAGAAAAGCAAAAGAAAAUCAUUGUGGAGUCUGUGGACGGAUUAGUCCUUGAUCGAGACGUCGACAGAGCUGACCGCGUCCGUGACCACUUCAGCACACUGUUGUGCAAUCCCACACCAACAAACCAUGUGACGACACCGGAAGGCUUGGCGACGCCACUGUCAAACCCAGUAGCAGUACAUGAAAUGGAAGCUGCACUGUCAAGAAUGAACAACCAGAAAGCUGCAGGACCUGACGGAGUGCCAGCGGAGCUGCUGAAAUAUGGAAAAAGGAUACUUGUCACCCUUGAUCGUCGGACUCAUAAACACAGCUGUUACCAAUAA